AUGCCAAUGGAAUUCUACCCAACUGCACAGGCGGCAGAUGUUUUACCACCUAAAAUUUCAGACAACUCCUAUCUCGGUGACACCAUGACCAGCAAGAACACUGAUGCUGAACAUACAAUCACCUCUGGCUUCUUCAAGGUUGUCCCAGGUGAACCGUUAGUUUACACAUACACCUACGAUGAAAUGAAGGUCUGUUUGGAGUCUGUGGGUGACAUGUCCAUCACUGAUGAAGAAGGCACCGUCAUCAAACCUAAAAAGGGUGACACCAUCUAUUUGAAGAACGGAUGCACGAUUACCUUCAAAGCAGAAGGUGAGGGCUCCUACGGGAAGUUUUUCUAUUGUGGUCUCAAAACAUUAAACCAGUUAUAA